AUGAAUGGUGAGCGAGAAGAAGAAACAACAAGAUUGAUCUGGUCAAGAGCAAGCCACCUAAACGCAGCCCCCUUUUUACAAAGAAAAAGGCCUUCGACACCAAGAAUUCUACCAAAAAUGUCCAGCAACCUUGAUUUAGCGACGAUUAGACUAAACAUUUUCAACAGUUCUUGUCCAAAACGAUUAGAGAUUAUGCAAUAUGGAAUAGUUGUCUUCAGAUAUAUCGCUAUCAGACCCAAGCUUGGGCACUCCAGAGCUCUCGAAGCCUUCUUAGAAGAGCCCAGUGCAGAAGAUGAAUUAUUUCUUCUCUCGAAAGGUUUCUUCACGCUUUAUUGUCAUGGGGAUGUGGACCGGGUUGAAGAAAAACUACUUAAGGCAGACGAGGAUUACACUCUAAUAACAUGGAAAAUUGCCUUUGAAGCUGUAAAUCCUUGGCAAUUUUUACGUCUUGGAGGGCACCCGUCAGUUCAAGCCGGUCAUUACUUGGCAAUCCAAAGGAAUGAAUUUGCCAAUGUUUAUUGGACUAUUGUCGAUCUUUUGGACAUUUUUAUCACAUCGCAAAGUUUGGGCAUAGAACCUGAUAAGCUGAACAUUAUUCUGAUGGAUGCUCAUCCAAAGACAUCACUGGACCCUUUUUGGACUGUCCUGUUCCAAAGGCUAAUAAAGCUGACCGAUCCUAUCUUUGUAGAGUCAAAUUGUGUUUUGUUCGAAAAUCUGCUUUGGAGAUAUCCGCCUGCGAAGUCUCCUCUAUUGGACAGCAGCCUAAAUUCCCUGAAACACAUCCAACCUUUUAGGUCUUUUGUGUUAAGGAGGUUUGGCAUUUCAUCUGGAACACACUUUCGAAAAUGCAAUCAGCUAAAUUUAAAUAUCUUGUUCAUCUUGAGGAGAGACUACAAGAGUCAUCCGAGGAAUUUGGCUGGAAUCAUCGACAGAAAGAUCGCCAAUGAGGAAGAUGUCUUAAGUGAAAUUAAAAGCAGUUUCCCCGAUGCAAACAUCACUCCAGUGCAACUGGAUCUUUUAACAUUAAAAGCACAGCUGGAAAUAGUUGCCAAAACAGACAUUUUAUUCGGAAUGCAUGGUGCAGCACAUGCAUUUUCUAUAUUUAUGCCACCAGGUGGAGCUGUGGUUGAGAUGUUCCAUCAUAAUUCCAAUAUCUAUAACUGGCAUAUGAACAAAAUAGCGACCCUAUCAGAUCAUUCCUACAUCAACUGGGAAAACACAGAUAUGCGAGCAGUUGAUACACUUCGAAAGUCGAUUGUAAUUCCCCGUGGAGUUUCAUACAGGUUGUUAAGAAUGGCAAUUGACAGCAUUUGUCCUAACAGCAAUUAG